CAUAGCAACCGGAUCAGCGACAGUAGCAACCGUAAUGGCAAAAGCAACAACUAUUAAAGAAGCUCUAGCCAGAUGGGAGGAAAAAAACGGCCAGAAGGCAUCGGAGGCCAAGGAGGUGAAACUAUAUGCCCAAGUUCCUCCUGUAGAGAAGAUGGAUGCAUCUCUGUCCACACUUGUUAACUGCGAGAAGUUGUCUCUGUCUACAAACUGCAUCGAAAAAAUCGCCAACCUGAACGGCCUAAAAAACUUGCGGAUUCUUUCAUUGGGGAGAAACAACAUAAAGAAUCUGAAUGGGCUGGAGGCAGUUGGAGAUACAUUAGAGGAACUGUGGAUCUCAUACAACUUAAUUGAGAAGCUGAAGGGCAUCCAUGUCAUGAAGAAGCUGAAGAUUCUCUAUAUGUCCAAUAAUUUGGUGAAAGAUUGGGCAGAGUUUGUGAGACUGGCAGACUUGCCAUUACUGGAGGAUCUGGUGUUUGUGGGCAAUCCACUGGAAGAGAAAUACUCUGCCGAUCAGCAGAGCAGCUGGGUCGAGGAAGCAACCAAACGAGUGACCAGGCUGAAAAAACUAGAUGGUGUCCCAGUUAUUAAACAAGAAGAAGGUGAAGAAGGAGAAAACUAA